AUGGAGCCGGUGGCGCCGCGCCCGGGUCCUGCGGGGACUGGGGUGGCUGAGGGGCCGCAGCCUGAGCCCGAGGGCGCGGGGGGACCGCGGCCCGUCUGCCCCUUCCUGGCCUGGAGCGCCGAGGAGGUGGCUGAGUGGGUGGCGCAGCUCGGCUUCCCCCAGUACGAGGAAUGCUUCAGGGCCAACGGCAUCACCGGCCGCCGCCUCAUCCACGCCAACUGCUCCAGCCUGCCCGCCAUCGGCGUCACGGACUUCGGCCACAUGCAGGAAAUUUCACGACACGUGAGAGAGUUGCUGGGGAUUGAGGAGCCUCUCUUCAGCAGAUCCAUUGCCCUACCAUACAGAGACAAUAUGGGUCUCUUCCUAGAGAGAAAAGCACCAACAGGAGAGAAAGCAGAUGCCCUCACUUUCUCACAGUUUAUCCAAAAUGCAGGAUUGGAGCCCUAUACUACAGUUCCUUCUUUGCAAGGACCCCAGACCAUGGUGAGAGUGGAUGCUCUUCCUGCAUCACAAGACAUGCAGAGGCAGAAUUAGAGACUUAUACUGCACUUUUGCCUUUGAAAGAAGCCCAGCAGCCACAGCAGACUGUAUCCUUAUUACCUUGCAGAUUUUUCAAGGAGGUACAGUUCCACCUUUUCACAAUUACAAAAAAUUGUGCACUUCACUGCCACUGCAACUCUCAGGUGUUUUAUUACACCAAACCCAUUCCCACAUUGUCUCUUUUCUGCAAUACUUCAUUUGCUUGCAGGAACUAAGUGAAGUAGAUGUUGUAGAUCAAACUGUAGCAUUGUCUGUCUUUCACUUCUGCUUCACAGUUGAUUAAAAAAGACCAAAAAACAAUCAUAGACAUAUUUUAGGCACAAGGGAAUGAUAAGAACUUCCCGGAUGCCCAAGUGAAUAGAUUUCUCCCAUGCUUUGCUGUCUGCAACUGGGCUUGCUCUGAAACGCAGAUGUAAGAUAAAUGGCAUAUACAAUAACUGGUGUACAGGUGUGGCAACAGCUGCUGUCAGCAAUCGUAAUUAAGCAAGGGUCUAGGUGCAACAUGCAUAACUAAUCCUUGGCCUUACCACAGAAAUUAUUUCCUGUGAGGCAAAACCAGGCAGGCAGUGUUUUAUCAUGGUAGACAGUACUGAAACACAUGAUAGAUGGUGGCAGAAAGUACAAAAGAAUACUGAACUAGAGAAUUUAGGGAAUAAAAAUUGCUUUGUCCCAGGUGGAUUUGGUCAGUGUAUCCAGUUACCUGCUUUUUCCUUGAAGGACAUAUAAUAUAAUCUGUGGUGGUGAGGGGGGGUUGCCUUAUUAGCAGCAAGGAAGUAGAAGUGCUGAUGAAAGCCUGGCCCAACAGAAAGAAUUCUCCUGACUAAAUCAUUAGUAUGUCGUCAGGAUUCAAUGGCUUUCUCAAGAUCCCUCAUGGGGAAUAAAAAAAUAGAAGAAAAAAAAACCCAAAAAAAACAGAGACUGGGCUUGAUCCUGUUUAGUUUGUUACACCAAAGCUGCAGCCACUACAAAAUAACUGUAGUUUGGUUUUGUAAUUCAGUUUUGUAUAGAAGCUGCAAUAGAAACACAGAGAAACUGAAGCAGUUCAUAGGCCAAGAAGACUAUGCAAUAAGCAAAUUCAGAAAACAAAAAAUAGAAAAGCUCAGGUAACCAGUAAUUUUGCUGAGCAGUGUAGAGACUGAAACUCAUAGAAGAAAAUGUGUGCAUAGGGUUAUUGGCUGGAAUAGUGACAGCUAAGUGCUGGUUCUUGCACCACUUAGUCCCAUGAAGGGGCCGAGAUGAGAUCUCAGCAAAGCAUUCCUCGUGGGCUUCAUUUUGGUGUAUGAAGACUUGGGAUCAUACUCAGCAUUUUCCUCUGGAAUGUCUGAGAAACUGUUGGAAGCAGCUGUGGACAAUGGAGACUUGUUAUCUGGUAUCACACUAAGCUCCACUACAGCUGAAGUGAGAGAUGUCUUGGUGCUGACCAGCCCACGUUGUUUUGUAGGACAGUCUCCAGAGGGUGCCUGGUACAGUAGAGCACCAGGCAUCAGAUGGCACCAGACAAGCUCUCUCUUUUCUAGCAGCUGGCUAAAGAGAGACUUUCUCAGUGACACAGCUGUCAGGUCAAACCAGGGGAAGGUUCUGGGAAGGGAAAACAAGUGGAAAUAUUUACUGGCAACAACUGUCCAAAGCAGCUUGCUAAUAAUUAUAGCAGUUUUAUUCAUUGUCUGACUACAAGACUCCUUCUUGGGUCUUUGAGAAACCAUCAGACUCAGAGAAUUGUAUAAAAUGUUGCAGGCAUCAGUCAGUCAAAUGACGUAAAACUGAGACUAAUGGCUCCAGAGUAGUCCUCCGAAGGCAAGAAUCCUUUUCCUCAAGCAGCCUUCCCAUCUUAACAUCCUCAAUAGUCCAGUUUAUGAACUGUCAUAAGAUCAUUAUCCCCAAGAACUGUCCUCUCUAUAUAUUUCCAUAGGAUUUUUUUUUUCAUCCAAUGCCCUAGUCUUGAUCAGUUGCUUCAGACAACCCUGAUUAAGUAGGAUCUAGGGACAAAAUACUUCAGUCCAGGUCUUCUGUUGCUAAUACAUCAUCUAAGAUAAUUCCUGGAGCAGAGAUGUGGUCCUAAGGACAACAGAGUUCAGCACUCUCCAACCCAACAAGGCAGCCCAUGCUUUAUGUGAGAUGAGGCAAGUUGCAAAGGAGAGACAAGAAGUACCUCAGCAUUCAACUGUCUUUCGCCUCUGAAGUAACUGAAGAAGCAAAAUCUUUGCUGACAGAACUCUUGCACACAGGAAGCUUUUUGCUCCGCACAGUUGAAGCAGCAUUCAGGAAAGCUGAAGUCAUUGCUUAGUUUCAGUGCCUUCUGGUGAGGCAGAUUCUGCCACAUGAUGCUGUUCAGGCCUGCAUAAAAAAUGACCACCAGCUAUUCAUGAAAUUUCAUUUUCCUUGCAGGAUGAACAAAAAUCAAGUAUCAAUCAUCAGCGUGCACACAGAUGUGAAGAGAUAUUCCCAUCUCACACUGCUGGGAAGAAUCACACUGACAACCAGACCUUUUCGGUUUGAAACCUCUGAUCUAGGACCAUUUUAGGUGAGGGAUGCUAAAAUUAAUAGUAACAAGUCUAACAUGGCUUGUAUUUUAUGUAGCUCAUACUAAUUGAGUAACCAGAAGUCCUUGACAGGCUGCAUAUAAAGUUGUAUGACCAUUCGGCCACGAUGGCACAGCGAGCACUACGGGUGCUUCAAGCACACUCAGCAACGCACUAAUUACAGGGCGGUUGUUCCGAUGUUUCAGGUCCCCUUUUGUAGAAACAAUGGGUUCGAGUCCCAUCCAGUGGCAAAACCCAGAAACUGCAGGUUUGAGUCCUGCAGUAAAUCCUGUAGUGAAACUGUAUAGUGAAAGGUGCACUGUGAAGUUUUUUUAGGCCACAUGUAAGUUAGUAAGUUAGCAGCUUUUACAGCACAGUUUGCGCAGAUGCUUUGUGUUAACUCUAAGGGAGUUGUGAGAGUUCAAUGCAGUAUGUGAAUAUUUUGUGUGUGUGUGUUAAGAAGAGUGUGUUAUAUAUAGAGUGCACCAUUAAAAAAAAAUUGACAUAGGGCCACCCAUGACAUAAAGCUUGUUUGCUCAAAAAUGGGUUUUGAUGAAUGUUAUAAAUAUGUGAAAAUCUUGUACAGGAAUGAUUUUCACUGCAUAUCCUGGCUAGAAUAAAGUAAUGCAACUCACCAACAUCUCAAA